CCCCCCGGCUCAGGCGCGUUGUGGAGCUGCGCUCAGUCUCAGUCAAGAAUGUCUAACUGUCCUAAAGAGGAGGGAGAGAAGAGUGGAUUGGACCUGAACACCACUCAGAUGAAAACAGAAAGUCAUGGACACACCUUCAGAUUCCAAGACAAAACCGGGAUAUAUUCAGUCCACUGUAAGAAGCCUAUGACUGUCCAGAAGAGUCUUCAAACAGUCUCCUCGUUUAAAGCCAUCUGUGAGAGAAACCAGAAAGGAGGAAACAAGGAAGUGGUCAUCCUGAGACAGCAAAGGGGCAAAGCUGCUGUGACUCCAGACUUCCCCUGCUGUCUGCUCAACGACGACGAGCUUCUGGACAUCAAGUUCAUCAACUCGGAUGGAAACCAUCCCAUGGGGAGGAACCUCUCUGAUCACUCACCUGAAAAUUUGGUUAGUUUCUAUGUCAAGACAAGGGGUGAGGAAAACAUCCGUACGCUGAUGAAAAACAAUGAAUUGAAAAAAAUUGUGAAUUACGUGUGUGUGUGCGCAGUGAAAGAGGAAACAGUGAAAAAGGCACUGAGGCAUGAUGGGAGAUUUAAAGGACACAUUUUCAAGAAAGGCAUUCUCGCUGAAGAGUCGUCAAACACUUUCACCAGUCUGUCUAGUUUUGUUGAUGACCUGGAUGGAAAGUGGUUUGAGGUCACCGUCUCCCCUCAUCCAAUAGGCAGCCAGGAGUCGAGUCAGGAGUUGAGUCAGGAAUCUGAAACAGUGAAGAAUGAAAAAAAUGAAGUUCCUGUAACUCCUCAGGCAACAAACACCAACCAAGACUCCACCAACGCUCAAAAGAAUAGAACAGAGACACCACUGAAAGAAAAGGAGCCUAGAAAAUACCCAGAAACAAAAGAGAUCCCAAACACACAGGAGAUCCUGAAGCUUCUGCGAGAGCAGUAUGGGGGUUUGUUGAAGACACUGAAGGAACGAGAGAAGCUGAAAAAAGAUGUUGAAGUGAAGAGGUUCUUCAGACAGGAGUACGAUAAAAGUGCUCAGAGCUUUUCAGAAGUGAAGAGAGUGAAAGAGUUGAUGGUGAAGUCUGACUCUGUUUGCCAGAUCCGCAGUGAUGGUUUUGCAAUAGGAACAGGAUUUCUGCUCUUUCACAGAUUUGUCCUCACCAAUGCACAUGUUGUUGGAGAAUAUGACUGUUUUACACAAAAACCGCAACACAGACUAACAGCUGCAUUUGGAUUUGAAGAUUUGAACUCAGUGGGAGACGUGAUCCCAGCGGAGAAGGUUGUUGCUUACUUCCCUGGGAAAGAUGGCAUGGGGAACUGGCUGGAUUUUGCUUUGCUGGAACUCAGCAGGGAUGAAGUAAAACUUCCUGGAUUGCUAGAGUGCUAUAGUGCUUCACCCAGCAGGGGUGGUGUCUGCAUAAUUGGACACCCAGGGGGUGGAGUCAAACAAAUGGAUCCCUGUUUUAUUAUCGCAAAAGAUGACCUUCAACAAGCAGCAGCAGAACACUAUCAAAAAAACGAAAGCUCUGAAGCCCUUCAUAUCAUAACAAAGCAGUGCUUGAAUGAGGACCCGGAAAAACGUAAAUCCCAGAUCCUUUACAAUUCCUGUUUCUUCCAUGGAUCAUCUGGCUCACCAGUGUUUGAUGACAAGUGCAACGUGAUUGGGGUUCACACUGGUGGAUAUGUUCAUAAAGGAGAAGGACAGAAAACGAAGAGUGUGAUGGAAUACGCCCUGCCAAUGCUUCCCAUUCUGGUGAAGAUCUACAUACAGUGCAGACAGACUGGAAGAUCUGAUGUGGUUCAGUACAUGGAGUCCCAAAACAACAUGAAAUAUGUUCUUCAAGAGGCAAAUGAACAGCUACAGAAAAAUAAUCAGGCCAUCUAAUGACAUCAUUAAUCAUACUCAUGACAUCGGGUUCCAGAGCUUCCUUCUUCACCACCUCAAAGAAAAGUUCCUGAAUUUUAUCACUGUAUAAUACUGAAAAAUCAAACACUGAGAUGUUGUUCAGUACUGAGACUCCUGAAAUAUCAUAUGUGGGAUUUGAGCUUCAAAAGGAUGGAAUCAAGAGCAAGAAAUCCAGAUCAUUAAAUGAGUGAUUCAGUCACACGUUCUUCAACCUCCAGAAAUCAUGACUACAGUCGUCUAUUUAUCACCAGCUUGGACCGCCAUCAGCUUAAUUGUUUCAUUGCAUCAUUUCACAUUGAGCUGCUUGUGCAUUUAUUCAUUUCCUGCUGUUCCUGAUGGGAGGCGUCUUGAUUUUCACAGUGUUGAAUUAGCAGCAGAUCCGCAGCGUAAUGUCCUGCACACCACUGUACGCAGUCCUCUCAAUAACUGCCGGCAACCGGCGAUUUUGCUGCCUACAAACGCUCCAUUGCCGGCUACUCACAGUGGUUUUUCAAAGAAUUGAAAUUCAUAAGUUUUUACUUCAUAAGUUAUACUUCAUAAAAAUAAAAUUUUGCAUUCAGGAUCACUCAGAAUUCACCAUUUAACAUCUACAUUUUCAAAAUUUUCCGGUGGAGGACCCCCGGACCCCCCUCUUUUUUAUACAUCACGGCGGUGGCUAACACAGCCUCCACUCAGCUUACGCUUAACAUGGAUCCCAGACAGACACUAUUUAGUGGAAUUCCGCUAUUUUUCUAGCCAAAGUGUUUUUUUUGUUGUUGUUUUGUUUUAAUUUCUUGUAUAUCUGUUAAUGUUUAAGUAAAAUGACCAGCAGAAUAUGUUCUGAUUUGGUUUGCUUGUUUAGUGACGUUUUCGUCUGCUUCGUUUGUUCUCGUUGACAUUCGGGAACACUCGGAAGUUAAAUUGAUGUUAAUACCGCGAGACUGUACGCGAUAGAACGAGAAAACAAUAUGGCUGCGCCCAUUUGCUAGAAAACGUGUUUUAACUCCGUUCGUGCUUUUGUUUCUAAUGUGUUAAUCCAUGCAUAUGGAAUUAAGUUUAAAGUUUUCCGUCGCUACGACGGAUUUCUGUCAACUGGGAGCGCUAAAGGUCAAUAAUGAGUGAUGCAGAUCUGAGGAAGAAAAAAAAGGGGGUGGUAGGGCCCAUAGGUCUGACACCGAUGUGAUUUAGAACUUCACCAAGCUGUUGUGAUUGCCUGUUGUUGAACCCUUUCUUGUGCUAUGUUUGAGUAUAUGUAAAGGAAUAAGUUGUUGCGCUAGAUAGGCCUAAAUAAAUAAAUACAGCCUUUGCUACUGUCUAGUCCCGGAGGCUCGGCGUAGGCAGCGAGCCGCGGUGCUUGGCUUGAGUUUCGUUUCUAUCAGCGGCUCCAGCCCGACUUUGCACGCUCGUAACUCGGCCAGGGGAGGUCCCAGCCUCUCCAAACUUGUCAGCCAGCAACCUCUGCCCUCUCCCCAACGAACCAGCACUGCCAGGGCGGGCCAGCCCCGCGCCUCGGGACGCGAUUCACCCCAAGGUGAGCCGCGGCGCUCCGCAUCAGUUUCCUUUUAACGGCGGCUCCACUGAUGAAACAAUCUGGCUGUCCUACUACUAGGCAACUACUUGCCUACUACUAAUACUAGGCCUAUUGUAGUAAUAAUAAUAAUAAUAAUAAUAUUUGCCUAUUGAAUGGUGAUCAGGUGAAAAAUCUAAACAGCCCUGUUGAAGCCGCAGCAAGACCUUUGCUAUUAAGCCUUUUGUAGGUUAAACAGGCUUUGACAGACAACGUCCUGGAAAGGCUGUGUUUUUCUUUGGUUUGAUUAGCCUACGAUUUAAUCUUUAAACAUUAUGGUUUCAGCAGUUCGCUUAAACAUUGGAGGCUGCAGAGUCGGGCUGCACGAUUUCCCGACACUUGUUUAAGAUGCCAAACUUCAUAGUAAGGAGAAAAUAAUUCCACAGUAUUUAUUGCCUCGUCACUCUCAAAUUAAUAGUGAAGGACCAACGCGAAUUAAGUCCCAAAAAACCAUCUCGUAGGCCUAUAUUUUACAUUUUCAAAAAAGUCUGGAAUUGGAAGUCGGUCAGUGGAGUGUAAUGAAGUGUCUCAUUCACUAAGCACAAAAGGUCAGAAAACAGUGCAGAAAACAGCGAUUGCUUAAAUAGGCUACUAAUGGUUUACAUUAGUAAUUUAAUGUAUGUGACAAAUAAAUUCAUUGAUUAAAUAGAUAAAGAAGCGAAUACUCCGAAGCUUAAAAUUCAGGAAAGUGGCUCCGGUGUCGCAAGUGCACAAGAACAGUUAUUUGAAAGUUAACCUGAUGAAUUUGCGCGUGCGAUUCCAUGAAGAACCGGGACAAUUGGCAUUCGGUGAAAGAUUCACACCUCUGACUCAUUAUAUUCGCGCGCGCCCUCUCGCCCACUGCUGCUUCGGUUUCCCGAUUUACACGAGUGUCUGAAGAUGGAGUUUUCAGAAAUCUCCACUCUGCUCAGAGUUUGCGAAAGUAGCUGUUUUCAGUGACUGAAACCUCCGUAUACAGUACCAGUCAAAAGUUUGGAAACACCUUCAAAUUCGAUGUUUUUAUUUUGCAUUUUUUUUUCCUACAUUGUAAAUGAAUACUGAAGUCAUCCAGACUAUGCAGCAACACGUAAGGAAUCAUUUAGUAAACUUUAAAAUGUUAAUCAAACCAAAAAAUAUUUUAGAUUCUUAAAGUCGGCACCUUUUGCUUUGAUUACAGCUUUGCACACUCUUGAUGUUCUCUCAGUCAGCUUCAUGAGGUCAUCACUCGAAAUGGUUUUCCAACAGUCUUGAAGGAGUUCCCAGAGGUGCUGAGCACUCGUCAGCUGCUUUGCCUUCACUCUGCCGUCCAACUCAUCCCAAACUUUUUCGGACUGACUGACCUUCAUUUCUUAAAGUAAUGAUGGACUGUCGUUUUUCUUUGCUUAGUUGAGUAGUUCUUGGCAUAAUAUGGAUUAGAACAGUCCUCAAAUUCACUGUAUACCAACUCUACCUCUUCACAACACAACUGAUGGUCUCAAACACAUUCAGAGGUCAAGAAAUUCAAGAAAUUAACUCUUGAUAAGGCACAGCUGUAAACUGAAAGCCAUUCCAGGUGACUACCUCGUAAAGCUGACUGAGAAAAUGCCAAGGUGUGCAAAGCUGUCAUCUAAGCAAAAGGUGCCUACUUUGAAGAAUCUAAAAUAUAAAACAUAUUCUGGUUUGAUUAACACUUUUGUUUACCAAAUAAUUUUAUAUAUAUAUAUAUAUUCAUAAUGUCGAUGACUUUAGUAUUAAUCUACAAUUCAGAAAAUUUUAAAAUAAUGAAAAAUCACUGAAUUAGAGGCGUUUCCAAACUUUUGACUGGUACUGUAGGUGUGAAUGAGAGGUGCAACCGAAUAAAUAAAUAUGCGUCUUUUUUUAUCCAGCUACAUGUAGGCUAUCACUGCGCAAAGCCUCUAAUGUUGAAAUGGUAGUAAUAUUUGUUAAAAUAAUCGUAGGCUAAUUUCCACAUUAAUCGGUAAAAUGGCCCAAGGGAUGUGAUGGGGGGGAUGGCCGUUUUAUAAGGGGGAUGAUUUGAGAUUUUUAUUUCAGAAGGGGGAUGCCUCCCCCCCCAAUUCGAGUACGGCCAUAUUUCACCUGACACAGGCCCUUCGAUUUCCAUCACUAGAGCGCGUCAAAUUACUUUCGGUUUUGCCAGCGUGGACGCGCUUCUUUUAAAUGAAAGCACAGAUGUGUCAGACAUCGACAAAAGGUAAAGAAUAAGUGGAGAUGGGCUUGGCGAAAUGAAAUGGGCGAUAAUGGCAAGCUCCUGCUGCUGUGCCAAGGAAAAAGAAACAAAAACAGGCAUCAGGUGUUGCCAAACUAGAUGCCUUUGGCUUCACUGCGAAGAAGCAGAAAAAGUGAACUUUCACUUUACUUUUAAAGUAUUGUUGAAAUAAAUUUGCGCUGAAAACUUCAUGUUUCAUUAUUUAUAGCCAGUAAUGACAAUGGUCAAGUCUUGCCUUAGCUUUAGUCAUUGUUAAAAUUAUGUAAAUGUACUAUAAGUAGGGGCCGAGGGGAUAAUGGACAACACGGCGUUUAAAAUUUGACGCAUCGCUGACGUGGUAGGAGCCAACAACAUGGAGCUUUUUUUUUCAGUCAGAUUUUUUUUUUUUUUGCUUUAAUCCAUGAAUAUGUCGUGGAAAGCGUAGUUGCGCUUAGCCAGAGAGGGAGUUGAAUCCAAGAAGAGAUUAAUGAAUGUGGUGAAUACAGAACUUGAAACAAAAGCUCAUGCGAACAGAGCAGCCAAGAAACUCUCCAAAAGAGCCCUGCAGGAACAUCAGAAAAAGCAGAAGGAAAGAUCAGAGAAACACAGAAAAGAGCAUUAAACUCCUCUGCAGUGAAACCUUUCAAAAAGAGAGAGGUUUAAAUCAAAUAUCUCCAAUAUUUGCUGUACAUAUGUAUAUAUCUAAUAUUACUGAAUCAUUGAUUUCUGCUCAUAUUCAUGAUUUUUGAAAAAUGAAUGUGGCUUAUAUUAGACUAGUACUGACAUUAACUCGAAACAAAACAAACAAAUGAGAUGAACUAUGGAUACUAUCUUUAUAACAAAAUCAGUGGAAUAUUUAGGCAAGUAUAUUCUUCAAAGCUACAUUUUCGUCUAAUUUUUAUAAUUUUUUUUGCCACUUAUGUCAUAGAUUACAAAAUAUGUCAUCAAAUAGAUACACGUUAUUGUUAAAUUCUAUUGCUUUUCUAUGUUAAAUCUAUGUAAAAAAUGUGUUCUAUAGCAUCUUUAAAUAUUAAAAUCUCAACAGCAUCAGGGGGCUUCGCCCCCUGUACCCCCAGCAGGGGCGCUGCCUCUGCACCCCACAAAGGGCUUGCAGCCCCCUUGACCCAUGCUGAUAGUUUCUGACAUUCCUCUAUUGUUUUCAAUUAUUUUCAGCAUUAUUUUCAAUGCUGAGUUUAAUAUAAUUCAGACCUGCAUCUGCACAUGAUUCAGAAAAGCAUCAGGUGUGGGUGGGGCCAGGGAGUCAUUCCAGGAGGACAUGUGAUCUGUACCGUUAACUUUGCGGCUGUCGGGUGGGUGACAGACAGCAGAAGUGCUGAUGAUGGCACCGAUUUGUUAUUGAAUUAGUUUACUCGCCCAGUCUCACCAAAAAAUACCUUUUUUAGCAGCUCCACUGAAAAAGAUUAAAAUCAGUGGACAUUUAAUAAAGCCUCCUGUGCACCUCUGCUCCUGUAGUAUAAUCUCCCUCAGACUGUAGCUCCUGAGCCCACGGCUUUCAUUCAGAAACGGAAAAAUACAUAACUGUGAUUUGUCUCUCAGCAAUCAGCUGGCAAACUCGGGCACAUGUUGGUGUGUGUCAAGUUUAUUUGUAUAGAGCUUUUAACAAUAGACAUUGUCGCAAAGCAGCUUUACAGAAUUUGAACGACUUAAAACCUGAGCUAAUUUUAUCCUAAUCUAUCCCCAAUGAUGAAGCCUGUGGCGACGGGGGCAAGGAAAAACUCCCUCAGACGCCAUGAGGAAGAAACCUCGAGAGGAACCAGACUCAAAAGGGAACCCAUCCUCAUUUGGGUGAUAACAGACAACGUGAUUAUAACAUUUUUAACAGUUUUAACAUGAAGUCAGUUUCGUUGAUGUUGUAAACUCUUCAUUGAUGGAAACUUGAGUGUAAAACUGUUCAUGAUAACUGCAGUCCUAAAGUUAGCAAGUCAACUGUAGUCCUCAGCCACAAAAGCAUUACUGUAAGAGUCCAGAGCGUCCUCCAGGUGUGACUUUCAACUGUCCACAUGGGGCCGUCCUCCACAGGAGCGAUGCGAUGAGACUCCAACCAGACAUAGGGCACCAGGAUGGAUCAGGCAGGUCCGAGGAGCAAAAGAGGUUCAGCAUCUUGAUCCCAGGAGCGACAUGCAACUCGGUGGGAGGGGACGGGGGGGACGACACACAGGUUGUUAGGUAUGCCCAAUGUCACCUGAUGAGUAAGAACAUUUUGUGCUUAGCGCAAGCAGGGACUCCGGCAAAACUACUGGGUACUGUGGUGCGAGACCAUUCAGUGCUUUAAAGGUCAAUAGUAGUAUUUUAUAAUCAAUAAGAAAUUUGAUUGGGAGCCAAUGCAGUGUGGAUAAGACAGGGGUGAUGGGGUCUUAUUUUCUAGUUCUAGUAAGGACUCUUGCUGCUGCAUUUUGAACUAACAAAGGAAUGCAGGUGACAGACGGAUGGAAAAGCAUCAGAUAGUUUAAUGAGGCAAAGCUAGCAGACAAAUGCAGAACGACAGGGAAAAGGCAGAGUCAAAACCCAGGCAGUGGUCAGGCAAGGCACAGACAGGACAUCAGAGGCAAAGACAAAAGAUCAACAAUCCACAGUACAGAUCGACUCAAAACCAGAAUAUCAGCACGAUGAUGAAAAGGCUUGAUAAAGUCAUGUUAAAUCUCUCCAUUACACUGCUGUUUGUGUUUCUUUUCCUUCUUCACACAGGAAAUAAAACAUGUUUUGAUAUUAUAAUCUUUUCUCUUGAGUAACUUGACUUUACAUGACUUUUGCAGAGUUUUGUGUGACUGCAGCAGAUGGAAAUAGGUUCAUUCACAUUUUCUUCCACUAGUGGUGGCGAGAGGGUCAGAAUUUAAUAUUUAAUGAAUGUUAAUGAUUGAUUUUAAUGUUUAUCUCUAGCUUCAUUAUCCUCCAUAAGGCUUCAGUGUUUAUGGCUCAUAUCAGUGUACACAGAAUCUGAAAAUAAAAUAAAAUUGGAAAUUGUUACGAGGUGA